CUGGGAGAGCGCGAUAGCUGGUCUGCUCGCAAAUAACGUUUGCCUUAUCAUUUUGCAGAUAUCUCGAAUGGAGUACGUGCAUUCAAAGAACCUCAUCUACCGAGAUGUCAAGCCAGAAAACUUCCUUAUUGGCCGACAAGGCAAUAAGAAAGAACACGUCAUUCACAUCAUAGACUUUGGAUUGGCAAAGGAGUACAUUGACCCGGAAACCAAAAAACACAUACCUUACAGGGAACACAAGAGCUUAACUGGAACGGCGAGAUACAUGUCCAUCAACACUCAUCUUGGCAAAGAGCAAAGUCGUCGAGACGACUUGGAAGCCCUCGGCCAUAUGUUUAUGUAUUUCCUCCGAGGCAGUCUGCCCUGGCAAGGAUUGAAGGCUGACACCUUAAAAGAGAGGUAUCAGAAGAUUGGGGACACAAAGAGAAACACUCCAGUUGAAGUUCUCUGUGAGAACUUUCCAGAGGAGAUGGCCACGUACCUCCGUUAUGUUCGGCGAUUAGACUUCUUUGAGAGACCAGACUAUGAUUAUUUACGAACCAUCUUCACAGAGCUGUUUGAAAAGAAAGGCUACACCUUUGACUACGCCUAUGACUGGGUCGGCAGGCCAAUUCCUACUCCAGUGGGAUCUGUUCACGUAGAUUCUGGGACAUCUGCAGUAACAAGAGACAGCCACGUCCAUAGGGAUCGACCAUCGCAGCAGGCCCUUCGCAAUCAGGCAUCAUCAGAUCGCCGAGGGGAGUGGGAGAUCCAGCCAAGCCGGCAGACGAAUACCUCGUACUUGACAUCUCAUUUGGCUGCAGAUCGGCAUGGAGGAUCAGUACAGGUGGUUAGCUCGACCAAUGGGGAACUGAACGUGGACGAUCCGACGGGGGCACACUCCAACGCGCCAAUAACAGCGCAGGCAGAGGUGGAGGUGGUGGAGGAAGCUAACUGCCUGAAAAUGCUCAACUUGUGGUGCUGCUGCUUCUUUAAGAGGAAACGGAAGAAGACGGCUCAGCGUCACAAGUGACCAGUGCCUCCUGGGCCUUGCAGGAACCACCGCGCCUGCAGCUCCUGCCCUGUCUCACUGGAAGGGGCUUUUCUUUAGGGGGGUGGAGGAGGCAUAGGAGGAAGAGAGA